UACGAAGCCGACUCGGCUGGAACCGCCUUUCAGAGAGCCUUAUCCAAUCACAGAGCGCGAAAUCUGCGUUGGGUGGGGAAGCGGGGCGUUCAUGAAUAAUAAGUACUUUCGGGCCGUCGACGAAGUGACAGUGCGGAUUGGCGCAUGCGCAGUCGUAGUCGGUGCUUGUGUUCCCCCCCCUUUUUUUCCUCACGAGCCCCCUCGGCCCCCUUCGUUGUUUGUUUGCUUCAUCCACCCCUCUGGGCUCUCAAGGGGGUUUUUCGGCCUUCGCCCGUCGAUCCCUAACCGCGAAUAGCAUGACCACCCGUACCGCGCCUCAGGAGGUAGCAGUGGCGGCGGCCGUCGCGGGAGCCGCGCAGCAGGAGCGGGGCCUGGCGGGCGCUUUCCCCUUGGUGCUGAAGAAGCUGAUGGAGAAUCCGCCGCGGGACGCGCGCCUUGAUAAAGAGAAGAAAGAAAAGCUUGAGGAAGAUGAAGCAACAGCUACUGGUACAAUGGCUGUCUCUGCCUCCCUUAUGCCUCCCAUCUGGGACAAAACUAUUCCUUAUGAUGGGGAGUCUUUCCAUUUGGAGUACAUGGAUCUUGAUGAGUUCCUCUUGGAGAAUGGAAUCCCUUCCAGUCCAAAUCACCUGGAUUUGAAUCAGAAUCCACUCCUACCUGUAGCUGAACUGGAAGGAAAAGAACCUGCCAGUUCUUCUGCAUCUACCACACCAUCCCAGUCAUCCUCAGUGGUUUUCCAACCAUCAGAAACUGCCACAAGUGCAGAAUCUUCACCAGAUAAUGAGAGGUUGACUCCCAGCCCCAUUGAUCCAGACUGUGUUGAGGUUGAUGUGAAUUUCAACCCUGACCCUGCUGAUUUAGUGCUGUCCAGUGUGCCAGGAGGUGAGCUGUUCAAUCCAAGAAAGCACAAGUUUGCUGAAGAGGACCUGAAACCACAGCCCAUGAUUAAAAAAGCCAAGAAAGUCUUUGUCCCAGAAGAUCAAAAGGAUGAAAAAUAUUGGACCAGGAGGAAGAAGAACAAUGUGGCAGCCAAGCGAUCUCGUGAUGCUCGGCGUCUGAAAGAAAAUCAGAUCACAAUCCGAGCUGCCUUUCUGGAGAAGGAAAAUACAGCUUUGAGGACCGAGGUGGCAGAACUGCGGAAGGAAGUGGGAAAAUGCAAGAACAUUGUCUCUAAAUAUGAGAGCAGAUAUGGACCCUUUGACUUAUCCGAUUCCGAGUGAUGCAACUUUAAAGACUCUUAAAAUCACAAAGAAACUAGAAACUACACAUGAAAACACCUGCUGUCAGAGGGAACAAUGAAAGAUGUGAGGUAUUCUACACAAACAACUGAUGUCCCUGCUUCCCUGCAAGUACCUCAACUGAACUGCCUAAAAGCUGAGCAUGAUGUAAAGGCUAAGGUCUUUAAUGCUACACUUUCUUUGUACUGCUCUUUUUCCUUGUUAACCAUAGUCCACAGUAUCCUUAUUAACUCUCCUCAGCUACACAUGGUGUAGUUGUGCUUAAGUACCAGUUGAAGCAGUUUAUAGGAUGAUACUUAGAUGGAAGAAAGGGAUUGGUAUUAAGUGAAAAUUGCUUAAACUGUUAUAUGUUAAGAAUCUUCUGUUUUGUUUUUCCCCUUCAUCUGUUCUGUGCUUUGGAACAGAUGCUCAGAUUGCAACUAAAUCCUGUUCAGCAAUUGUAUUUUGUGCUGUUGAAAUAGAAAUAGCAUGUGUAGAAAAUAGACUACAAAGAAAUAUGUUUUGAUAUAAAAUACUAUCAGCAUAUGAGAGAAAUAAAAGUAACAGGGAAUAUUAAGCUCCAAGAUGCUGUUUAUCUUAUUAAAUACUAGCAAGCAAGCUUAUUAUUUUCUCAGCUGAUAAAGCUGAUAGAUACUAAGCUUCUAAAGUUAGCACUUUUCUUCAGUUUACAACCUCUGACAUUACUAUUGUAGAACUAACAUGAUGGCACAGUAAUGUCUAAUCUUUAUAGUAAUCAUAUUUCUAAUUUUUUAUUUUCAUAAACAUAUUUUUAACUACAGAUGUAUAAUGGGAAACAGGGAUUUAUAAUAACAGGGCAGGGCUUGCAAUAUCUAAAUUCUUUGCAUCACUGAAAGAAACAGCAUUAAUUUCUGUGGCGUUUCCCAUCAAAAUAAGGGGCACAGUCUGGUUUUCUCAAGUGCAUAGAGUUAUAUUACUUCCCCCCCCUCUUAAUUGAAUACAUAAUUUGGGACAAAAUUACUGCAACUUUUGUAUAAUUUCCUCCAUUUUUUCUAUGUGAAGAGGUUUUUAAAAUUCUGACUGCUUAAAGUAAUACUCGGCUUCAAAUUUACUAAGCUGAACUAUCAGACACAGCAUGAUGAAAUGCUUUCAAAUAAAUGCAUACAGUAUGAAGAGAACCAAGGUUACAGAUAAGCUAUCUAGGUAGCAAUGAGGAAUAUUAAAAAAAGGAUUUCAACUUUGUUAAACAUGAUCUUAAGAUGCAUUUAUUUUGCACCUUAUUUGUGUCAAAAUAAUAAUACGUUUACUAAUAAUUAUGUCUACUAAUGUGGAGCAUCUUAUUAAUCAAAUAUGAAGAAUGCUAGAGUUUGUGUCUCAUAUUUCUGAAGUGUGUAUGAGGAAAAGGAAGGCAAGUGGAAGGAACACAGUCAGACACAUUUUUUCCAGAUAAUUAGUAAAAUUCUUUCUAAAAUUGAAUAGAACUUCCAUUAAUUUUCCUACGUUCUUGGUGGUUGUGUCAGCAACCUUCUAUCAGUUGACUCGGAUGGUAUAGGUAUAAUCAGCUUAACAGUAUGUUAGUUUCAGGUCCAAGAGCUUAACUGACAAGAAAAACUCAACAAAACUUUGCUGGUUGAUCAUAUUUUAGAAAAGUCUGCUGUUUUCAAGAGGUAACCCAAAAGGGGGGGGGGGAGGAAGAACUCACUCUUUAAGUAGAUUUUAAUAGUUCUUAAUAGCCAGUAUAGUAUGCAUAAUUUUAGAAACUUCUUGACUGUGGACUGUUAAAGUCUCUAACAUCUUAGAGUGUUAACAUAACAAUUAAACACAUCUGAAAAAAAUUGGUAUGCCAGACUUUUAGUAUUAGUCUAAAGGCCACAGUGCACAUUCUUACAAUGUGCAUUUAGAGCCAGAUUACCAGUGCUUGUAUUUACUAUAUUAUAAAUACAGUUUAUAAGGACUUUUUAUGUGUUAGUGGUUAAUCUCAAAGUUCUGAACCAAUUUUUGCAGUUGAACAACAUUAUAAAAUGAAGUAUGUUCCUGUGACACAAUGCUGUAAUGGCAGCAAUGCUAAAAUAUUAUUAGUUUUACUAUGUAUAUUUUUGUCACUGAAAAAUCUACAAUAGUAGUGAUAUUACUUGUGGUGUGUCAAUAUAAAACUUUAAGCAGUGUAACAUAUUAAGAUACUACUUAUGAAAUAAUUGGAAUUGCAUGUAAAUUGCCACAUUUCAUUUUUAUAAGAUAGUCACUUGGCAACUCAUGUUAUAUUGGCUGCAAAAGAGUACAAAGGUUGUCUGUAAGUUACUUUUUGUGUAGAAAUUUGGCAUUACUCUCCAAAUGUAGUAGAUCUAAUCUUUAAUUUUUCUUAGCCCAAAAUAAGCAAUACGUGGAAUUAGUCAUGUUUCUUUAUGGGCAUCUAAGGUUGUAAUCCUAUACCCUUUUAUUGGGAAAUGUCUCAUAUAACUUAGUUGGACUUACUUUUGAACAGUUAUGCAUAGGAUUGCUCUUAAAAGUCAUUAUUUGUUUGCUGUAAGAGGUGGCUAUAAAUAAUGAGCAUAACUGGACCUAUCAGUUUUUUCCUUCUUCAAUAACAAAUUUAUGGUGACAACAGUAAUGAAAAAAUACAGUCAUAGGAUAACAACUUCCACAUUUAUUCUGAUUAUUGCUGAAAACUUCUAUACACAAGCAGAUAAAACUUCCAUACAGUAGCAAACGUGAUGUAGGAGUCUUGACCUAAAUAGCAGUCUCUUGGUAAAAUAAAGAGUGACAUAUCCAAACUAAGUGAACCUUAUUCAUAGAUGAAGCAAUUUACUUUAAAAAUAUUAGGACCUACUCCUAGUAUUCACAGAUAAUUCAUUUGACUUGCAUUAUUAACCUCUAUUUGGCUGAUUUUGAAUUACAUAAUAUUCAUGUGACGUUUCUGCUUACAGCUGGAGCAAUGACCUUGGUUAAUGGAACACUUUAUAGCUCUUGUGAACUCUGUGCAGGCUUCCUGUAAAAUUUUGGUGGACUUUUCUCACAUUACUUGUAUCAUUAAUUCAAGAAGUAAUGGAGACUUAAUGCUGUAGAUACUCAAGCUUUUAUAAAUUUUGUUAUUAAGUGUAUUAAUCUUGGGUUUUGGCUUUAUAUUAACUGUCAAAAUUCCCAUCGUCUUCAUGAGUGCUUCUUUAAACAUUUUAAUUGAUAUUUUCCCAUACCUUUUCUGUGCUGUAUUGCCUGCAGUAACCCAAGUAUACUAGUAAUAGAAGUGACUUAGUAAGUGGGGAGUUCUGUUAAAUGUCAAGGGAAUGUCUAGUGAAAGAGAAACAGCAAUCAGAGCUUAAAGGAAUAUUGAAAAACGUUUUUGAGCAAAUAUAUUAGGAGUAUCAGACGUAUCAGAAUCUGCAUAGUAAUAGUUUCUGGUUUUGUUUUUGUUUUUGUUUUUACAAAAUUCCUGAAUACUUGGACCAUAAGCUCUUGGUCAGAAGCUUUUCUUCCCUCCAUUGCCUUCAAACAGCUUGAGGGUAUCCUUGAUUUGCCCACAAAAGCUGACUGUAUAAAACUGCAUUGAUCCACUAUAAUUUUCAGUAACAAAAUGUUGCAGUUCUCAAACUUAUCUGUAAAAAGAGAUGAUACAGUUAGUUCUGUAAACACUCAUUUCGUAGAGAAACAGGUAUCCUGAAUGCAUACUUCAGCUAAAUAGUUGUUUCACAUCUCUGUAUACAGUCAAUAUAAAUGCAUAUUUUUAUAUUUGUAGUGAGGUAAAAAUGUGUUCACAAAAUACAUGUGUACUGUAAAGCCACUUUAAAAAGAUUAUGUCCUGCUCUUAUGUGGAGCUCCUGAUGUCUCCCAGCCAAAGGAUUGGUUGGGUAUUUAAUUCCAGUGCCCCUUCUUUCUUUUCAAUAAUGCAAACAGAUCAUUCAUUCAAAAUUUUGUUUAAUACUCUGGCCUUCCUAAAGUAAUUUAUGGAAGGGGUACAAGACUAAUAGUUGAGCAACCAUUUGCUGGUAUGUAUGUCCCAUUUAAGCUGAGUAGCAGGAAUGAAUUCAGGUUCAUUCUAUAGCUGAAAUACAUCCCUUUCCGUAUUACAUUGGUCUUCUCCACAUUUGUUACAGAAAUGUAAGUGAAUGUAAUUGUAUUUUUUUGCAAUAUAAAUAUGUUGAGUGCCUCCUCCCUUUAGCUUUGCAUUAUACGUAUGUAUCUAGUGCAGAUUUAUAGGUCUUUAUGCUGUCACAGCUGCAAGGAAGUGAUGACAAAUAAUUUACAAAGAACAAUAAAACAGGGAGAUAAGACAUUACCCUAAUCCUAGAGACAUUUCAUUGUGAACACUUGGACCUUAAUUCUGUUGAUUUGAGCUGAUUCAUAAUGAAAUAGCUUUUGAUGUGAAAGCUUGUCACUUUGUCCGUAUUUCUGGACUGCAGGUAAAAUCUAAUGGCAGUGAAUAAAAAGCAAGGUUGUGAAGAAUAGUUCUAUUUUCAGAGAUUUAAUAUAUUUCCCCCUUGCUCUAGUCCUUUAGUAGCAUGUUCUUGCUUGAGGUUCUAGCAAUGCUUUCACGUGAACCUUGUCUGAAUUUAUAAACUAGAUAAACUCCUAGAUUGAAGCUAAGGGAAAGUGGCUGCUCAGCUGUUUCUCAGCUGGAGUAACAAUUGAGAGGUUUUGGUGCAUCAGCUGAGAGAGUAGUAAAUUCCAAAGUAGCAGAAAUGUUUUGUUUGUACAUUUGUGUCUACAGCAUGGCUAUUAACAUGAUUAUUGGAAUAGUGGCCAGAAUUGUAUUGGGGAAAAAUGUCAUGUACAGUAUAAGGCUAGCCACAGAAUGUCUUGCUAGCUGUUUGUUCUGCCAGCCUGCUUCACUGACUGGAGGAAGCUGAGGAGUGCGACAGCUGACAGUGCAGGUGGGAUCACACUGUGGAGGACCAACAGGAUUCUGGCCACUGUAUUCUGUAUUACAAAAUAUCACUGUAUUUUGUAUUACAAAAUAUGUAAAUACACUUUAAUAUUAAUACUAAUCUCAGUUCUUAUGGAGUAAAAAGUGCUUCGACCUGUAACCUCUGCAAACUUGUUUAAAAUCAUUUAACGUAGCAAUGGCUUGAGGAUUUUUUCCCUAAGAAAACUGCAGAAGUUAAACAAAAUUCAAUUGCUGUUGUGGAGUUUUGGUUUGUUACAAAGCAUUUAAUAAAUUACAAAAGCAGAGAAAACAAGAAUUGGCAUGGAAGAUACUUUCAUUAGUUCAUUUGUAACAUUACUCAGUCUUAUUGGGGUCAGAUGUGCCUACCAGGUAUUAGUCCUUACAUUACACUAACUCCUGUUGACACACGGUGAUGACUUCAGAAACACAAACUCCUUUGUAUUUUGUCUUAAUUAGGUGCUUUUUGGAACCUUCAUCUGUACGUAGUGAAUUGUCACUUGUUGUUUCUGAAAUUAGAUUUAUAACAUUAUAGCUGUAAAAAACAGCUUUCUCAUUUGUGAUGCAAGCAUAUUCUCUGUACGUAUCUAUGAAAGGCUUCAAUAAAUGGGAAUUUUGUCUGACUUUUGCAGCAUGAUACUUACAUUUCUUUUAAAACUUCAUCAACCAGCUAAAUGGUUUGAAGUACAGGAUCUAACAUGAUUGAUUAGGAAAUAAUAUUUGCCCUUCUACACUGAAAUCUUGUAUGUACUAUGCUUUUCUUGGUAUUUCUCCUGCUAAAUAACAUUACUUUUUGCUUAUACAACUCCACUGUCAUUGACAUGGCACUGAAAUAGCAACAGAAAAAAUGCUUUAAAAAUAGAUUAAUAGUGAAGUUCCUUUAAAAAGAUUUCCAAAUAAUUGCAUACCUAUAGUGUAGGUACAUCUGACAUGUGCAGGCUGAAGCUAUUCUAUUAGACACCCCAGAGGUCAGAGAGACUUAACUAUGUAAGAAUUUUUAUAGGCUCUUGUCUUUGUUGAAUUUGAAAUAGUGUACUCUGCCCUUUCUCUUUAAGCAGGAAAUUAAUUUUUAGUUCCAUUUGUCAAUACAGAGACAGUUAAACUGCAUUACAAAAGUGGUAUCAUUUUUAUAACAAAAGUAAACAUUUCUAUAUAUGUUUAGCAUCUGUCUUUCUCUUUGUUGUGUAGAAUGCAUGCUUUGGAAAGUUACUUUUGUACAUAAGUUUUGUAGAUAAUCUGUAAAAUGCUUUUGAGGCACUACAGCAGACUUAUUACCAUUUAUAGAAACCUCUGGAUAAAAUUGUCUCUUGCUAUACAUCUCUUGUUUCUGUUAAUAUUGUGUCUCUCCUGUGUGUGCACGUGUGCACAACUGCUUGAUUAAUAACUGGUAGAAGGAUUUAAAUGGUACUCUUCAUAUGAAAGAAUAUUUCCAUGCUUAAGAUCUACCUGGUAUCUUAUUUCUAUUACACUUUUUAAAUGAUAUAAUAAUGGGUAUAAACUCUUUCUGAUUGUGGAAACUGGCCUGGAAUUUCUGAGUAUAUUAAAGCCUCUCUGCUAACUGUCUUUUGUAAUGCUUUCAUUUUAAAAAUGUAAACUUUUGACUGUACUGAAUUCUGUUAGCAUUUUUUUCCUCUUGAAAAAAAUAAAGUGUAUAUUCUGUUACAUUGA